AUGUUCUAUCUCUCUAUCUCUUUCUUUCUUUCUCUCUCUCUCUAUCUAUCUAUAUCAAUCAUGGCAUUGGCCCAUUAUCUAUCUAUCUAUCUAUCUAUCUAUCUAUCUAUCAUCUAUUCAUUUCUAUCUAUCUCAAUCGUCUUUUCUCUCUCUCUCUCUCUAUAUAUAUAUAUAUAUAUAUAUAUAUAUAUAUAUAUAACUCAAUCGUGGCAUUAUCUAUCUAUCGUUUGUCACUGCGCCAUCUAUCUAUCUAUCUAUCUAUCUAUCUAUCUAUUCUAUCUAAUUUCCCAUAUCUCUCUCUCUAUCUCUCUCCCUGUCGAUUUCUUUACAAAACCGCACCUAUUAUUUUUCCACGCCGUCUUCUUCUUCUUCUUCUUCUUCUUCUUCUUCUUCUUCUUCUUCUUCUUCUUCUUCUUCAUUGUUUUUUUCUUUUUCUUCUUCGUAUUCUGCUUCUUAUUUUUUAUUGUUGUUCUUCUUCUUUUUCUCUUUCUUUUUCUUUUUCUUCUUCGUAUUUUGCUUCUUCUUUCUCUUCUUUUUCUUCUUCUUUUUCUUCUUCUUCUUCGACUUCUUCGGGUUCUUUAUUUUCUGCAUGUUUUUCUUAUUGUUUUUUCUUUUUCGUCUUCGUAUUCUGCUUCUUAUUUUCUUAUUGUUCUUCUUCUUUUUCUCUUUCUUUUUCUUCUUCGUAUUUUGCUUCUUCUUUCUCUUCUUCUUUUUCUUCUUCGUAUUCCGCUUCUCAUUUUCUUCUUAUUGUUCUUCUUUUUCUCUUUCUUUUUCUUUUUGUCUUUCUUUGUAUUUUUCUUCUUCUUUCUCUUCUUUUUCUCCUUCGUAUUCUGCUUCUUAUUUUCUUAUUGUUUUUUCUCUUUCUUUUUCUUCUUCGUAUUUUGCUUCUUCUUUCUCUUCUUUUUCCUUUCUUCUUAUUGUUUUUUUUUUUUCAUUUUCUUUUUCUUCUUUGUUUUCGUUUGCUUCUUCUUUUUCUUCUUCUUCUUUUUAUUUAUUUAUUUCUUUUUUUCUUCUUUUUCUCCCGGUUUUCUCGGUCCGAAAAACCUCAUUGAGUGUUGUUGUCGUUUUCGUCAAACUCAACCUUUGAUUGUCUCCCAAUGCGCGAUACACGCGGGGGCGGCUGACUUGAUUCCAUUUUAUUCGUCCAUUCUUUCUUUCUCAUUCUAUUUCUUUUUUGUUCUUUCGAAAUAUCUUUUCUUUUUUCAUUCUUCUUCUUUUUCUUAUACUGAUUUCUUUCUCUCCUUACUUUUUCUUUCUUUCUUAAUCAUUGUUUUCUUUCUUUUUCUUGUUUCUUCUUUCUUUCUUUCUCUUUUUCUUUUUUAUGCAUAG